AUUACAUCGUGUACUGCAUGUAUAAUGUUUCUUUAUAAUAUCUUUCAAGUAUUUCCGAAUUUUUCGAUAUGGUUCAGCGUGGACAUUGUUAUAUUAAACCGUUAUGGAGAUGCCUAUGAAAAACUUGAAAGCAGCGGAUAUUCUAGAGGAUUUAGAAUCAAAGCUUGCAUAUAUCCCAGGUGGUCGUGAUCACGAUGGACGACCUUUAAUAGUAAUAAAUGUUCCACCAGAAUUUGAUUCAGCAACGAAGUCAAAAUUAGAGUUCCUCAUUUUAUAUUUUAUAUCAAUUUUCAGCGAUGAGACGAAGGAAAAUGGAUUGGUUCUAAUUGUAGACGCGCGUCAUAGUGCAUGGCGCGUAACUAGAUCUUGUAUUAGACUCUCUACGAAUCUUAUAGGAUCUAAAGUCGUUUCUGUGAUCGUGAUACGGCCGGAUGGUUUUUGGGAUAAACGUGUCGACAGUUGUACCAAGUCGCACAAAGAAGGCGAACCAAUAUACGUUACUCUAAUGAGGCUGCAUGUGUAUAUCGAUUUUUCUCAAUUACCGUACGAAUUAGCAGGUAACAAGGCGUACAAUCACAUCGAAUGGAUUAAGAAACGUAUGAAAAUAGAAAAUUAUUCAAAAGAUGCAUUAGAGCUUGUAUCGAAGAUGACAAAUUUACAUCAAAGAUUGAAUACUUUUGAUGGUAUUCGUAUAAUGCAAUCGGAUGAUGUAGAGUCUUAUUGGGAAAUGGGCAUAGAAUUGUUAUCAACGGCACGUCAUAUACUUCAAUCAGGUAGGAAUUUAGUAAGUUCUAUGAGUAGAGAGUCCGCUAAGGAUAUUUUGGAUACCAUUAAAGGAAUUCACAAAUUACUCGAUUCUAUCGAAUUAAAGCAGAUGGACAUUGAAAAUUCGUGGACAGAAAUGGAACGAAAUCUGGAUACUGUCAGAGUAAUUGAAAAUCUGGAACAGGGUGUAUCAAGCGUUACUGACUGGAUCUUGGGUCCAGCUGACGUAAUGCUGAACUCCUGUUGUCAGGUUGGCUUCGACGUUUCUUCAUCCGAGGAGCUCCGAAGGCAGCACGAAAAAAUUGAGCUUCAAUGUCGGGAGACCUAUGGGCGAUACGCAGAGCUGCUUCAUAAAAUUGAUAGCCUACCUAAAAGUAAACUACCAGAAGAUUUAAAAUCUCAAAGAGAUUUCAUGGACUUUGUUUGUCGUAGCUUCGCUUCACGACUUGAAAGACGUAGAAAUGUAUUAAUCACUUCGCAAAGAUUCUUUAGACUUGUUUCUGAGUACUUCGAUAAGACAAGUGAAGUAUUCGAACAAUUAGUCAUGGGCAAUAGGAAUUACAACUUCUCUCAAGCAAGCAUUAAACUCUUAACUUUGGAAAAAAGUCAAACGGUUUUAGACAGUUUAGAACGCGAGCUUGUAAAAGAAGGCGAAAAAUUGUCGGACAUUCUCUCUAUGCCCGUAAAGGAUGCACUUGGUCGAGAAGUUUAUGUAAAUUACGAUGAAGAUAUCGUCAAUGUCAAAGAUAUACUAGAUGCGACAAAUGCCAGAAAGAAUAUAUUUAAUGACAGCGUAGAAUUACAAAAGUUGUCACUGAAACAGAUAGCUUUGAUAUACAUGUACGAGAGCGAUGCCGAACAAGCUGUUAAGUGGUUAAAUGAUUUAUUCAAUGUUUUACUUCGAAAUCACAUGGAAGUUGGUUGUAAUGUCAAGGAAAUACAAUUGCAGAAAGAGGAACAUCAAUCUUUUCAGGAAACAGCAAAAGGAACUUACGAAUAUGGUGGUCAAUUGGUGAAUGGAGCACGUGUACUGAGAUUAUCUUGCAGAAUAUCUCUAGAGGGUAAUGCUAAUCUAUCUUCAAAAUUACGACAAGCUUGGCGACAGUUCCGAUCUAUUAGUCAGGAACAAUUAACCAGGCUACGAGUAUGCGCUGUUUUUCAUAGAAACGUCGAAGAUCAUUGUACCAGAUUACAAAAUUUGGCGGAAACAGUGAUGGCUCUGUAUCAUUCUGUAAAAGAUGAAGAUGCAGCAGUAAAAGCACGUAUCAAAGAAAGUAUAAGAGAUAUCCUUGACAAUCGAGAGACACUUUUAUUGGAAGUUGGUCGGAUGGUAAGAUUGGGUCGUCUCCUUAAGACGAGGUUGAAAGAACCUCUUUAUAGUCAACCGAUGUCUAAAGUCGAGGAUGCUUCAACCUUUGGUGAUAAUUUGACAGCAGUCGAAGCUAUCUCGGCGAAAUUAGCGGAAGUUACGCGUCUCGCGGAAAAACUAGAUGCGAGACUAUGUGAAGCUGGAGCUAGAACUCGACCGAUGUCUAUUCCUGCCACUGUGACGUCCUCUGCUUCGUCCUUGCUCUCAAUAUCUGCUAUGUCGCCGUCAAGCGAAUCCAUGCAUACGGCUUCUAACACGACUACAUUGACGUCGAGUAUGACAGCUUCAGCCGUGUCUGUAAUUGCUGAAACGCAUCCAAUAACUUCAGAAACGAUUGCUACAAGAAUCAAAUCUGAUGUAAUUAAAUCUAUUACUCCUACGGCGGAAAAAUUUGAUGAUAGCUCAUUUCAUAUUCGUCCACAAUCCAUGGAGAAUGUCGAAAUAUCAAAUAAAGAUUUUAAUUCUAAGGAACUUAUCGAAAAUUCUCGUAGCGAAAGUGCAAUAGGAGAAUACAAUGUGGAGGGUUAUACAACAGCGACUGAAUGUUCAACGACUCCACCUCCGCGUUCGAGAAGUGAAUCUUUCGUAACAUCGCCGGAAUGCGAAGAUCUUUCUAUCAUUGCACCCGUGGUGACAUAUUCUGGUUCCACUUGGUGGACCAUGGAAAAGCCUAAACUAAUAACUACAAUUGCACCUCUUACUUCUUCUCCGACCAAUGAAAAUGAGAAAUUUCCUGAAACAACAUCAAAUAUUUCAAUUAUCAGCGGAGUAAAUCCAACAAUACGAAUGAAAACAAUGGAUAAAAUUACUAAUGAAAAGUCAAACAAAAUUAUAAAAGAAGUUACCGAGACAACCAUUUUGCGCGUCUUACACGACAUUCGAUUAGGUAUAGCCUCUUAUAAAGUGAUAUCAAAUACCGUGCAAGAUCAUCGACAAUAUAUCGACGUGAAAGAUAUUCAAAAUGCGGAAGGUGUGCUAGAAGCAGAAUCGCGCGAAAAAACGGAUGACAUUCACCAUCAUCUCGAUUUACCGUCGUUCACAGAAGAACCUAAAAAUAAUAUUGGCAAAAGUUCGAAAAAAGUGCAAUCGGAUCAAAAUAUUGCAACGAAAAUUCGAGAACAUGUGUUGGAUGAGAGCACGUGCUCUGAUUUAAGAGAAUAUGAGGAUAUACCGUUGUCUUCGCAAAAUCUUUUACGACAUAAUGAGGAUAGCGAAAUUAAAAUAUCAUCUAUGAAGCAAGAUGAUAAUUUAGAAGGUGAAGAUUUUCUUGAAAAAACAAGAAAGAGCGGCGAAUGGCUGAAGCUGAAAAUACUCGAGCUACAACCAGAAUUAACGAAACUUGGUGCUUCCGUAAAAGAAGCCAUGGAACUUUCGAACGCACACGAUCAAGUGUUACUUCGAUUACAGAAUAAACAAAGCCCGGUGGAAGAAUUAUUGCGACAAGCUGAUCAAUUAAUCACAACCCAGAAACCAAGAGCAGAAGUAUACACUGCCAUGGCAGAAACAUUAGGUCAGGCAUGGCGCGAUAUAAAUCAACUUUUAGAACGUCGUAAGAAAAUACUUGACCGAAACGUAUUAUUUCAAUGUCGCGCGGCAGAAUGUAGAGAACGUAUGAAGGCGUUGGAAAUGGCAUGUAACAACACGUUACUACCGAUCGAGAUAGAAGCAGUAAAAAGUUUUCUAUCAAAGAUUCAGGAUCUUCGCAAAGAUAUGUUGGAAGGAUUGAUGGGUGCAUUACGGGAGGGUAAGACAUUGCUGGAUGGACUUAAGGAAUUGGUAAACGAAGGCACUUUAGAUUCUAGGUCGGAUACGAUUAAAGAUGAAGCUAAUCAUGCCGUAUUACGAGUUGAAAAAUGGCUGGAAGAACUACACGAUAGAAGGCGGUUGAUUGAGACAACUUUUCGUAGCAGAAAAACUCAAUUGGAGCAAUGUCUUGCUCUCGCGCUGCUCGCGACUGAUCUUCGUAAUCUCGAAGAAAUUCUCAAUGACAGAAUCGCUGCAUUAGAGGGCAGUUGCAAUCAAUUGGGAGAUUCUGUAUCUAAUGUAGAACUGCUUCUUUUUGAAUUAAAAAAGUUGCAAGUCGAAGCAAAGGAGUUUCAAGAUAAAGCUAUUAAAAUAACUAAAUCGACCGAACGAUUAGUGUCAUCGGGACAUUUUGCAGGCGAACAAGCGACCGAACAGGCGUUUGCGAUUCUUAGCACCGCUACCGAUUAUAUUAACGAUUUAGAUCAAUAUAACAUGUUGUUGAAUAGAACAAUGGCUUUUUUCAAUUUGGCACAAUCGGCUGUCACAAAACUGGACCAGCUGGAAAUUCAGUUAAUAACAACGAAACAUCCUCCUUAUUCUGCACGACUUGCACGUCUUCAUGCACAGAUAGAGACUAUGAUAGAAGAUGUAAUUUCAAAGCCAUUGUCAGAAGGAUAUGCAUUAUUAGACAUCACGGGAAGAGAAGCAUCUGGUGCCGAGGGUAUAAGAAAUACUGUAGAAAAAUUGGAAAAUCGCAAAUUUUCUUUGAUGGAACGGUGUUCAGCUCAUAAAGAAGAAAAUUUAGAGAUUUCAAGAAUACUUGCUACAUUUUUAGAUAAGCAUAAUACUUUACAAACUUGGCUAACUGAUAUCGUUAAAAUCUUUCUUCAAAAGCAUCAAAAUAUGGGUAGCGAUUUGGCAAUGGCGUGUGAUUUUCGUCAAAUUCAUUGUCAAUUACUAGCCGAAUUGGAAAAUAAAAGUGAAGAGGUAGAUCGUUUAGAGUUGGAAAUUCUUCCAAUCAAAGAACGCCUGAACGAAAUACAGAAAUACGAAUUAAAAAUAAAAAAUUUUGAAGACGAAUGGACAAAAAUAAAGAUUACAGUAGUAAAAAGAAUCGAAUUGAGUACCAUUUAUAUACAGUUCUAUGAAAUUGUGGAAGAACUGACUUAUGAAAUGGAUUUUAUCGAUAACGAAUUGAAAAAGUAUGAAGAUGUGUUAGAUGAGGCUAGGUUUAAUGAACUAGAAGAAAGAUGGAAAUCUUUUGAGUCUCUUUACAAAAAACUUGAUAAUCAUGCAAAGACAUUUCUCAAUGAAACAAAUAACAUUGAUGACUUUUAUCUCAACGUAUCGCAAGCUUGUCUGUGUGUUCAAACUCUUUUAGAAAAGUUUGCCAAUUGGCAAUUGAUUAUGACAGAAUGUAGGAAAAAAUGGCAGAUUACUGUCCAAAUAAUAAGACAAAGGCGAAUGGAAUGUGAACAAAAAGUAGAAGAAAGUAAAGAGACAUUAGCGUGGAUAACAAAAUUUGAGAUGACACCAUAUCCAGUAAUAACAACACGAUCUUCUAGAAUAGUUGAUAUUUUGGAUAAUUUGCAAGAUGUAAGAAUUCGGAUUUCAUCUAAGUUAAAUAAAGCUCUUCAUGAAUUGGAUAUCAAAAUCAAAAGCAUUCAAGUAUUUGUUGAAAGAGGUGAAACUAAAGCAACCGAGCAAAUUUUAGAAAAACUCGUGCAAAUGCGUGAAAAAGUGAACACUAUCAUCAAAGAUUACAACAUAUUACUAGAAUCUUUAAUUUUUAUCUUUAGGAAUCUUGAAGAGAUUGAGCGUAAAAUUGAGGAAGCAAAACAAGAAGUUGAACGCGCUUCAAGUUUUAAAAAGUUGAUUGAUGUGGAUGAUUCUUUAAAUAAACUUAACAUAUUAAAAACGUUUGUUACGGAAUCUUUACUACAAAUACGUACAAAAUCUGGAGAAAUAAUUGGCAACAUUAGACUACAGGAACCGUUAGAAUCAGCAAUACAAGACAUUGAGAAACUGAAUCGCACGAUAGAUUCUGUGUGCGUCAAGUUCGAGUUACUCCAAACCGAAACGUCAAACCGUCUCGAAGAACAUCGGCAUUUAUGUAUUUUUAGAGAGGAUAUCGAAAAAAUUAAUUAUGAUCUACGUGAAUUAAACGAACAGUUAAAAAAUAUGGAUGGAAGAAUUGGUGACAAUUUAUCAGUUUUGAAAGCGACAUUAACUGCUUUUGAACAGUUUGAGCAAACAAUAACGAUUUUAGACGAAAGAAUUGAAACUUUUGUAAAAAAAACAGAAGAGACAAUUGUUCCAUUAACUCCACAAGUGACGGAUGAAAUUUUAUCUCUGCGCAACAGAUGGAAUCAUUUGAGGAAACAUGUUAGAGAUACCAAAAAGAGAAUGCAUUUAAGUAACGACUAUUUCGUGCUCUUAGAAGAAGCCAAACAGUGGUUCAGAGAAGGUAACAAACUUCUGGUAAUUAUUGCUCGUAAAGCAACAACCGUAAAAGUGCCUGAAGAAGCCAUUGAUUUACUGCAAGAGAUUGAUGCUUAUAAACAAUUAUCGACAAUAGUUUUCGGUACAGACAGACUUCCGCAAUUUAACGAAGUGAUAGUAGAGAAUCGGCAAAUGCUAGAUUCAUUCGCAGUUAUUUCUUCCGAGUUGCGUACCCUGAGUCAAAAUUUACAGAAUGCCGAAGAUCUCCGAGAGAAGCUGCAAAUCGAGAAGUUAGAAGCUGACAAAAAGUUACAAGCUGUUAAAAUAGAAAUGGCCGCGAUAGAAGCUGCAAAGAUGGAAGCGGAAAACGCGAAAAAACUUGCGGAACAACUUGCCGCUGAGACUUUAGAUAAAGCUGCGAUAGAGGCAAAAAAAUUAAAAGAGGAACAAGCACGAAAAAUUGUUCCUUCCCUCUCUCAUUCCGUCUCCGCCCAAACUGAUGAAACCAUAGUUGAAGAAACAAUUCAUAAAACUUCCGCUGUAACAACGAAAGAAAUUCAUAUUCUUCAAAAGAUGGAAGUUGAGAAAGAUGUUCCAGUUAUUCAAAAGGAAAUUAGUCCACCAAGAAAGCUUGUAUCUGAAGAAAUAUGCGACAAAUUACACCAAUAUGCUAAAGAAACAGAAAUAAACAAAAUUGUUUCAUUAACUCCAGAAUUCACAGUUCCUUUGAAUGAUGCGACGGUUCAAGAAGGCAAAGAAUUCAGUUUUGAAUGUCGUCUAAUUGGUCAGCCGAUACCAGAAGUAGUAUGGUACAAGGAUGGAAUAUCGAUUUUAAAUAAUCCAGACUAUUUAACAACUUAUACAAAAGGCGUUUGUAUUUUAAAAAUAGAAGAAACAUUUACUGAGGAUUCUGCCAAAUUCACUUGCCGUGCAUUUAAUAUUCAUGGCUCUGUCGAAACAUCGGCCACUCUCACUGUCAAAGAAAUUAUCACAGAAGAACAGCCAAAUGUUCCCGUUUUCGUGAAAGAAUUGCAGCCCUCUUUUGCGAUGGAAGGAUGCUCUCAUAAAUUAGAGUGCACUGUUAAAGGAAAUCCUCUACCGACAGUACAAUGGUACAAAAAUGAUACCAACAUUGAUAAUUCUCCGGACUAUAUUAUCACUUUUAAUAAUGGAGAAGCUGUUCUGAAGUUUGAUGAAGUUUUCUUGGAAGACAAAGCUUCGUAUACGUGUAAAGCAGCAAAUCAAUGGGGACAAUCGUCUACUAUCGCCUAUUUGAACGUGAAACCCGCGCAAAUUUCUGCAAAGAAACCAUAUUUCGUAGUACCGUUAUCAAAUGCUAUGGUCAGAACAGGCCAAAAAGUGAAAUUAGAAUGCGAAGCUAACGGAGAUCCAAUUCCUAAAUUAAUCUGGACUCACGAUGAAAAAUUAAUUGAAGAAAGCGAAUAUCAUAAAAUUCAAAUAGACGGUGCUCGAACAAGUUUGAUCAUUACGGAAGCUUUUCCGAAGGAUGCCGGAUCUUACGCGGUGAUUGCCAGUAAUGAAAUCGGGAAAACCACCACAUCUUGUACUGUUUCUGUGAAAGGACAUUUGCCUCAUGAAACCAGUGAAUCUGAGCUUGUUUGCAGCGAUAUAAAACCAAUAGUCCUAAAAUUUCAGUUACCUUUGCAAAAUCUUGAAAUUCAAGAAGGACGAUCAGCUAGGCUAGACUGCGUGAUUGUAGGUCAACCUGAACCGGAGGUAAUUUGGUAUCACGAUGAACAGCCCGUAAAAGAGUCAUCAGACUUUCAAUUACUCUUUCAAGGUGAUCGGUGUUCGUUAGUUAUUCAUGAAGCUUUUUUGGAUGACGCUGGUAUAUAUAAAGUAGUUGCUAUUAAUUCUGCUGGUGAAGCUUCUAGUCAGUGUACAUUAACAAUUACGCCAGCAUCUCACGUCUCAAAGAAACAGGAAGAAACUCUUGCCAGCGGUUUUGCUCCAAAAUUCGUUAAACUUCCGACGGAUUUGCUGGUGGCUGAAAGCGAAAAUGCAAUUUUUGAAUGUGUCGUAAUUGGAGAACCUAAACCUGAUUUAAGAUGGUAUUCGGAUGAUGGUGAAAUGAUUCAUAACGGAAGGAUUUUGAUUGGAGAAAGGAAAGAUGGAACUGCCUUUUUGGAAAUUUCAUCAACGAUACCGAAAGAUAAGGGCAAUUAUGUGGCAAAAGCUAUAAAUACACACGGUGAAGCCAAAGCUUUUGCCAGAUUAGUUGUGAAAUCGCUUGGUGACUUUAAAAGAAACGAAGAAUUUAUUCAGAUGGAAGAAAAAUUGAUUCAGCCAACAUUCAAAGAAACAUUUCAGGACAGGAAAAUACUCGAAGGAGUUUCAACCAAAUUCGAGUGCAUCGUCAUUGGUAAACCUUCUCCUAAGAUUCAGUGGUUGUUCAAUGAGCAGCCGGUUCAUGGGAAAGAUUUUCUGGUUUCCGUUAGCGGAGAUCGACAAGUUUUAACAAUUCCUGUAGUCAGAGAUGCACACGUUGGUACCAUCUCUUGCGUAGCAGAGAACGCGGCUGGUAGAGCGGUUUGUAGUGCUAAAGUCGAAAUUGAUAGUGAAUCAGUGAAACCGGAUGCAAGUGAAGUAAAAAAGGUGUUCGAGUUAGUUCCAUAUUCUCCUACGGACAUUAUGCAUCCUGCAAGCAGUAGCGAUAAACACUUUUUAAGUGAAAAAACAUAUCACGAAGGUGGUGGUGAGAGUCAGGUACUGACCAAAAUGUCGUCGACUGUUACACAUUCUUCAACAACGUCCAUGAAAAAGGAAUUCUUAUCGUCAACUAUGACUUCCACUUUAUCACAAUCUGGACACGAACCUACCAGCGUUUGUACGAAAACAACUAUGCAAAGUUCUGAACAAUCCACCUCAGAAAACGGAGCACCACCUGUCGUACAGUCUCACAAAAUCGAGGAGUAUGAAAAAAUUGUACAAAAGCAACCUGGCGAGAUGGAACAAAAGAAGACCAUUCUCGUGUGCGAAGAAACGGAAGGUGUAAAACAUGAUGUUAAAACAAAUCAAAUUCAAAGACCAUCUAGGAAAUUGAUAGCACCAAGAUUCAUUUCACCGAUUACAGGAAUAAUUGUUGACCAAGGAACUGAUGUAGUUCUUGAAGGUACCAUUGAUGGUUUUCCACAACCAACGAUUCUGUGGUCGAAAAACGGUCAAGAGUUGAUAUUAAAGGAUAACAUAAAAAUUAGUUAUGUUCAUAAUCAUGUAAAAUUGGAUCUGAAAAAUGUCAAUGCAAAAGAUGCUGGACGAUAUACCUGUACAGUGAGCAAUGACGUUGGAAGUGCUAGUAGCACGGCUGACUUGGUCGUUAAAAAAACAAUAUUUCCCCCGGUUUUCGGCAAGCGCCUCAAAGCUCAAGUAGCAAAAAAAGGAGAUCGUAUUAUUAUGGAAGUAGAAAUUACUGGUAUUCCUGAGCCAAUAGUUAAUUGGUAUAAAAACGAUGUUCUAAUCAACGAACAACCACAAAAAUUAAAAAUUAUUCAACAAGGAAAUUGUUACACGUUGGUUAUUGACAAGGCCAAAGAAGAAGAUGCUGGCAAAUACAUGGUAAGAGCAACAAAUGCCGGUGGCGAGGCGCAGAGUAUCGCUGAUAUCGCGAUUUUCGAACCAAAGCCUGAUACUAUGGUCGAGGUACAUAAAACUGUCAUUUAUGAAAACAUCCAGGAUAAAAAUGUCAUUCAGUCCGAAGGGAAAAAAGAAGAGAUAUCAUCAGGUACUUUAACGAGCGAACAGAUACCAACAACAGCGUUAAUCGAAUUAUCCAAGCCUAUUACGACAUUGACUACAAUUGAUACUGUGCAAAAGAUCACCGAACCAGAAAUAAAAACUAGUAAAUCGGAAACGGUUUCAUCUAUAAUCGAAUCUCAUGAAACCGAAACGAAGUCAGAACAGAAGUUCCAUAUGAAACUUGAACAUAAAACUCCAUCUAUUGUGGAGUCCAAACCUCGAAUCGAGCAAACGAUCACAACAAAGAAAAUCGACCGUGACAAGGAAAAUGUUACGAAGCCAUUAAUAAAAACAGAGGAAAAAUCAACGAUUAAUAACGAAAACAUAGAAACUUCUACGAUUGUAAAAAAAGAUGCAUUGAGUUUCUUCGAGUCCAUUACGAAGGAAAGUGAGAUAAUGCCAAAAGGGCCAAAGGAAAUGAUUAAGCUGACAGAAGAAGGACAAAUUCAAGAAGCGAAAGUUGGAAAAUUAACAAAGAAUUAUGAGCAAGCAACUAUUUAUCAGGAAACAAAGAAACCGGAGAUAAGAUCAUCAGACUUACAAACAAUAAAGAAGACCGCUCAGGACAUUUUUACUAAAUUAGAACAAGGAUCAUCAUCUCGCGGAGUGGAAAAUAAACUAUUUGAAUUUCCAUAUGAGAGUUCUAUGUUGCCCUCAAUGGAGGUAAAAAAAACUGUAGAGGAAAAGAUAUUUUUCGAUUCGUCCAUUUCACAACUACAAAAUCAGACGGAGAAUUCUAAAAUGAUGAAAAAUUUUGAUCUUGUGCCAGAACCACCUCCCGAGAUAUGCUAUAUGCCAAAACCAGAAGAGAAAAAAAAACGACCUGAUGUAUUUGUUAAGGCAAAACAGCUUCAAGAAUCUUUUGAUAAAACAUUAUCUCCAAUAGAUGCUCCAAUCGGAGGCGUAAAGAUCUUUCCUAUGUCUACUUCAAAAGUAAUAGAACCUGUCAAAGCUGCGGAACCUGUCUUCGCAAUUACGAUACCACCGCCCUUUGAACUCGAGAAAAAAGAAACAUUUGAAGAAACAUGCAUACAAAAGAAAGAUGCGUACGAGAAGAAGGAAAGCAAAUAUUUUAAAGAAGAAAAGAUGGAACCAUGGAAAUACGCUUCAACGUCUAUAUUGAGAAGUAUUUCUCCUAUUAGACCGUGGUCAUCAUCAUCAGAUGUGGAAACCAAAUCGCACGUGUCUACAGAUCUAUCAGAAUACAGAUGUCAUUCAGCUGCUUCUAGUCAGCAAGAAAUUUUGAGAUCUACAUCGCCAAAACCAUCUGCGGAUGCAUUGGCGAUGGAAAAAUCCUGGGCGAAAAAAUGUGUAGAGUCAAACAGAAAAUCAUGGCCAUCACAAACUAAACCUAUUCAAAAAUAUGAAUGGAAUGUUCCUAUUGAAGAAUACAAAAGCUCUUCGAAAGAAUUUCAGCAGAAAAUUGAGGAAAUACCGCAAGGCACAAUAAAGAAAAUUAGUACGGAAUCGUCUGCCGUAGAGAAACAGUCAUGGUGUACCAAAGAAAAGUUCACUGAAAAAAUAACUGAAGCAUCUCCGCCUACGAAAUUAGGUCCGAUAAUCUAUAAUGCUGAGACAAUUAAGGUCGAUCAUACUAUAAAUACUGUACAAGAGAAAGCUUUGUUUGAAAAGUACAUUACUGAAUGUAACAUAAAAAAAGCUGAAACGACAAAGAAACCAGAAGAUUUCAGCUCGAAACGUUGGAUAGAAGACAAAGAGUUGAAAGCACCUAGUUUGGUAAAGAGAGUCGAACCAGCCACGAAAUCGCUUCCGCCACCGCAUCGUGUUAUAGAGACAGAAAUAGACUCUAUCGCUAUUAAGCCAGGAUCUCCUCCGGAAAUUGGAUAUAUAUCACCAUCUUUUGCAAAAGAAAAAACUAGAUUGGAGCAUACCACGACAGUAGAAGAAAGAGUAAAGGAACCACCCAUACUUCCACCAAAAGAUGUACGCAUUACACCACCGUCUGUUCCAGCCAAAAAACCUGUCAAACUUUCAACACCACUUCUGUCAAAAUUUGUUAAGGGUUCCUUUAGUCAUGAAAGUGAUUACGAGUCCGAUUUUGAUAGUCGUCCAAAAGCAAAAUGGAGACCUUAUGAGAGCGACAACGAAGAACCACAUUAUCGAAGAGUUAAAGCACCUGUUCCGAAACAGCCGACGAGGCCAAGGUCCACUGAACCUGAGCCACUUCCGCCUUCCAAAUUUGAGACUCCUGCACAAUUUACAAGACCAUCAUCACUCAUUACCACAGAACCUUCCGAAAAAGCAGUAAGAAAAAUAAUAUUUAAACGACAUGAAAGAGAAGUCAAGCAACAACAACAGCAAAGCUCAAUUCCUUUGAAACCUGGUUCUCCACCAAUUUAUGUACAGCCAAGUACAAAGAGUUUGGUGCCAAAAUCUCCUGUCAAAAAACCGGAAUCACCAAAGUUUAAAGUAAAAAUUUUUCAGCAAGAAAGUGGUUAUAUGGCAGAUACUGAUGAGCCAUUUCAGCAGAAGGCUUCAUCUGUGACUACGCAAAAAUUUCUUGGAAAACAUGACGGAUCCUCAACAACAGUUCACACUGAGAGUCAUAUUACAUGUACUGAGAGUAGAACGAAAUCCUUUGAAAGUCAUUGUUACAAAACUGAUCAUUUGCAAAAAGAAGAAUCUUCCUUCGUCUUGCCAUCUAUUUGUAGUGCACAAGCGGCUCCCAAAGCUGUUCAACAACAACGUAGUUCGUUAGAAAAGAGCUACGAAUCAGCAACUGACAGCAGUAGUCUGCAUAGAUUCGAAUCCAUGAAGGAAACGGGAUAUUCUCUAAACCAAUUACAUAGAAAAUUGUUACCAACAGAAAAAAUUCUGUCGAUUUCUCCGAGUCCUUCGAAAUUAGUGAAGGGUGACUUCCGCGAGAGCGACUACGAGAGUGAUGAUGGUAGAAUAUUGUCAUGCCAUACAGUUGGCUCCACGAAAUUUAAUGUUACCGAUUCAGGAAAACCAAUGGAAUCAAGUUCAUCUCACAAACAACAUACAAUAAUUGUACCAACAAAACCGAAAACGGUUCUUCUACCUGGCUCCCCACCAGAAAUCGCGUAUGCACCACCUCAGCCGCAACAACAAUUUUAUGAGGCACAUACAAGCAUGCCGUUUACCAAUGCGAUGGGUACAGAGACAAAAAAAACCGUAAGGAUGGACGAAUCAACGGAGAAUUCUAGAAGGGUCGUUACUGUUGAGCAAACAAGUCGCUUUAUCAAGUUUGGCGACACAAAUGCCACAACUGUCCAGGAACAGCAAAGAGCUAAUUACUAUGUGCCUAAACCGAAAAAAUUUGUACAAGGACAAUUUCGAGAAUCUGAUUACGAGAGCGAUGUAGAUUCAAGCAGAAUUCGACCCAAAUGGGCUCCAGUAGAUAGCGACACAGAGGAUCCAUAUUAUCGAAAAGUUCAACCACCCACAGGAAGGAGUCUAAGAUCUUUGAGUACACCGACACACAAUGUAUCGCCGAUAGAAUUUGACACUAGUUUUUCGGCGCUGACGCAGAUUCGCAGAGGAGAUAUAGAUAAAAAGAUUAAUUUCCAAAAAUAUCAGCAACACGCAACUUCCGAAAAGGUCGACAAUAUUUUACAGCCUGGUACACCGCCUGAAUAUGGAUUCAUCUCGAAAAGCGGCAUAAAAAAAGCAACAAGCCACAUUGCGUCACGUCACAUGAAUGAUAUGACGAGCAGCUUCAAAUCAAAAACCGAAAAAUUUGUAAGUGAUAUCCAAUCAGAUUUGAAACAGGGUAAAUCGAUUUUGAAGCAUACUAAUGACUCCAAAAUAACCGAUAGUGAUGAGCCAAGAACUUAUAGAGAAGAAUCGCGAGUCUCUGAACACGGAACAAAACAAAUUGAUCCGGAUACUGGACUCGUAUAUUUCAAGUAUGACUUUGGCUAUGAAUUUGGUAUUAUUUUACCCGGCGAAGGUAAAAAGACGGUUGAAAGUAACAAGAAGAUAAUUCAAGGACAGAGACGUUCCAGUGACAUAGAAGUGCCUAUAAUCCAUGAGUUUACUGAAAAGAAAACAAAUGGUUUUAUGAAAAAAGGCACAUUUAUGAACCGCCAGAACAAGAUAGGAAAUAAAUUCGAAAAUUCAAAGACUGUUAAAUGGGAGCCAACAUCGGAAAGCGACUUUUCUGAAGCUGAAGACAUGAAAAAUCUCAAUAAGAAACAACAGGGAGCUGGCAUAGAAAGUUCGAUGGCGCUUCCAAGUCUCGUCAUACCUAGUUCUGUGUCAUCAUCAAGAUGGGAUCACACAACGCCCAGUCCGCUUUCUCUUAGUCCAAGUCUGCCAAGCCUCUCUCCAAGACAGAGUAGCGCUACUGGACCACCUAGUAAUGUGGAUUCUGCAGGUUCACCUUGGCCGCUUAGCAACGGCGUGUCAUCGAUUACAGAAGUAAUUCAGCCUUACAUCGAAGUUUUACCGAAGAAAGCUCCUACAUUCAUUACGCCACUGAAAGAUAUUGCGGUAAUAAGCGGACAACCAGCUAGAUUUGAAUGUAUUGUUCAAGCAGAACCACAGCCCAAUAUUCUAUGGUCAAAAGAUAAUAGAAUCGUUGAAAAUUCUAAGAAUCACGAAAUUCAAUACAGAAACGGCAUUUGUCGUCUUAUCAUAAUGAGAGCUUUACUCGAGGAUGCCGGGACUUAUGCAUGUACGGCAACGAAUAGUUUAGGUUCCACCGUAACUUCUGCCAACUUGGAAGUUCCAGGUAAUAGACGUUCUAUAUAUGUCCCUAUUUCGUAAAAAUCUGGUGAAGAAAGGAAUCAACAAUCAAAUGGAAUAAAUACAAAGGUGGUGGAACAUUUAAUUCUCAAUUUCGGUUUGCUGAUACCAAUUUUCACAUUGUAUCGUAUUAUUACUUAAUCAGGUCACAAACUAAUAUGGUGAAGGAAAUAAUGACAUAUAAUGCUCGACACAUUGUAUUCUUUAAGCGAGAAAAAAUUCAAAUUUUUAAAUGAAGAUAAGCGAAUAAUUCGAUUUCAAAUUGCUUUUUCUACGUAGUUUGCUUCUUAUCAGGAAUAAACGAAAAUUUUUCGAAAAUUUUGCGAAAAACGCAAUAUAAAUAAAUA